UCUUCCAAUUACACAUUUGCAUCCUUUUGGGGUUUUAGGGUUUUGGUGUGUUCGAGCGUUCUAAGUCCACUCUUCCCUGCGAAUCUCUCCCUAAUCAAAGAAAAUCAUGACUGCCGAGACCCAGGAUGAGCUCGCUGCUCAGCUUGAAGCUCAAAAGAUUCUCGAAUCUGAUAAGCCUGUGGUUGAAGAUGAAGAUGAAGACGAGGAUGAGGAUGAUGAUGAAGACGACGACAAAGAUGAAGAUGAAGCUGAGGGACAACAUGAUGGAGAUGCAAGUGGUAGGUCAAAGCAAAGCCGAAGUGAAAAGAAGAGUCGGAAAGCAAUGUUAAAGCUUGGAAUGAAACCCAUACCUGGUGUUAGUCGGGUUACUGUCAAAAAGAGCAAGAAUAUUUUGUUUGUUAUAUCAAAACCUGAUGUUUUCAAAAGCCCAACAUCAGACACUUAUGUUAUCUUUGGAGAAGCUAAGAUUGAGGACUUGAGCUCACAAUUGCAAACUCAGGCUGCAGAGCAGUUCAAGGCUCCUGAUCUCAGUCAUGUAAUUUCCAAGCCUGAGACUUCAGCAAUGGCUCAGGAUGAUGAAGAGGUGGAUGAAACAGGAGUGGAGCCAAAGGAUAUUGAAUUGGUGAUGACCCAGGCUGGAGUCUCCAGGGCAAAGGCUGUGAAGGCUUUGAAAGCUGCUGACGGGGACAUAGUUUCUGCCAUCAUGGAGCUUACCAACUGAUAGGAGCAUUCCUUUGUUAUGUUAUUAUGUUAUCCAGUGGCGUUUUUAUUAUGGUUCUUUAUACUGUGUACUCUCAAAGUCGGAUUUUUUUUAUCAAAUUUUGGCAUUUUCACAUUAUUGUGCUUUUCUCUGUUGUAUUACUAAACAAAUAUGAGAUGCAUCUCUUGGUGAUUGAUUUUUCAUUUCACAA